CAAGAAUAAAAUUGGCAGGAGUAAUUGCCAGCAGGUUGGCAGUGAAGGGGUUAAGGAAGGGGCUGGAAUGCCCCACUGAGGGACUUGGGUGUCAGUGACACACUCGGUGACAACAGAUCCGCCAGACGGGUCAUGUUGGGGGAGGAGGGGAACGCUGUAGCGGAUAGAGGAGUAUAUCCCACAGCCAAAAAAGAGGGUGGGGACGUCUUGUUGGACCAGGAAACAGGGUCCAGCCCACGGAUGGGGGGACUGAGGUCAGGGAGCGGACAGGACUGAAUACACCAGCAAUGAGAGGUGUCUGAUGGGUGUCUUCAGCGGCAGAGUGGAGUAGGAGAAGCUGUUUUAAGACCCUGUACUUUUUAUUCUCUGACUCCCCGGCAGUGAAGCACAUUACCAUGCCAGAGCGGGUCCAUUUUUUCCAGAAUCAAAAUUACUACAAGUUGAAGCGUGACUGUCUGCGCCAGGGGGUGCUCUUCCAGGACCCGCUCUUCCUCCCUACGGCCCAGUCCCUCUUCUACCGGCGCUCCCUCCCACCUGGACUCACCUGGAAAAGGCCAAGGGAACUCUGUAAGGACCCCCGUCUCUUUGUGGAUGGCAUCAGCACUCGGGAUCUACACCAGGGGAGUCUGGGUAAUUGCUGGAUGGUGGCAGCCACAUCCUGCCUGGCCACGGAGCCCUCCCUCUGGAAAAAGGUGAUCCCAGAUCAUUUGGAGCAGGAGUGGAACUCCAAGCGUUCGGACCAGUAUGCCGGAAUCUUCCACUUCCGCUUCUGGCGUUUCGGCCGCUGGACGGAUGUGGUGAUAGAUGACCGGCUGCCGGUCAGCCAAGACGGGACGCUGCUCUUCUGCCGCUCGGCCACGCCGCGCGAGUUCUGGAGUGCCCUACUGGAGAAAGCCUACGCCAAACUAAACGGAUGUUAUGAGGCACUGGAGGGAGGCAACACGGCUGAAGCUUUGGUGGACUUCACCGGCGGCGUGUCCGAGCCCCUCGUUCUGGACCGCGAGCUGCUGGGAAUGUCCCCAGACAAGCGGAAAGCCCUGUUCCAGACGCUGGCGCGAGCGCACUCCCGCCGGGCCCUCAUCACCUGCUCCAUCCGGCCGGCAGAGGGGGAGGCAGUGGAGUCGGUGUUGGACUGCGGUUUGGUUCGGGGCCAUGCCUAUGGGAUCACGGCGGUGCAGAAGAUACGUCUCGGCGAGAGAAUCCUGGGCCGCUGUGGGACCGCCUGGGCUCACAUGGUGCGCCUACACAACCCCUGGGGUACCAACGACUGGACCGGAGCUUGGAGCAAAGGGUCGCCUCAGUGGCAGCAGGUGGGGCGCAGCGAGCUGGAGAAGAUGGGUAUCACAGUCAGGGAUGUUGGAGAGUUCUGGAUGGAGUUUGAGGACUUCUGCCGUUUCUUCACGGACGUGGUGGUGUGCCGGCUUGUCGAGCAGUCCCUGCUGUGGCCCACCUCUCACUGGAGGGAGGUACGCUGCCGAGGGGAGUGGGUGUUUGCACCUGAGGAGCCACCAGGGGGCGCCAUUCCCCACAGUGGGGAGCCGAGACCCGGGGACCAGGUCAUCUGCCUGGAGGAUGAGAAGUGUCAGAAAGGAGACAGGAAAGAGGAACAGCUGGGGGAGAGGAAGAAGGAUGGCAGGACAGGUGGACUGAUGGACAAGAUGGAACGAGGGAAGGGAUCUGAGAACAUUAAGGUGGGAAAGUCUCCCCCCAGUAGUGGGGGGACAGGAGGGUCAGGCCUUCAGCACAAGGACAACAAGAGCAGGUGUGGGGGCUGCAUCAACCACCGGGAGACCUUCCUGCUCAACCCCCAGUUUAUGUUUGAGGUGCAGGGAGAGGGGGAUGAGGUGCUGAUUUGCCUUCAGCAGGAGGACAAGAGGAUGCAGAGGAAGGAAGGGAAGGGAGAGAACCUCCCUAUAGGCUUCGAGGUGCUACGGGUGGAGGUGAACAGGGAGACCCGCGUGCGGUGUUUGGGGGAGCAGGCCGCCAGCUCCGUCUACAUGGACUCCCGCAGCGUGGCGCUGCGCGUCACCCUGGGGCCCGGCCGCUAUGCCCUGCUCCCCACCACCUUCCAGCCUGGGGCCACGGGCCGCUUCCUCCUCAGGGUCAUGUCGCAUUCGCACAUCCGCCUAAGGGAGCUGACAGACGAGAUUCCCGGACCCUCCGUCAGGCAGUGCUGGGGGGCCCCGGUCACCAUGGUAACCACUGUGCACCUGCGGCGGGCAUCUGGCCUCAGUCUACCUAAAUGUAUAGCCCCUGACGUCUACGCCGUCAUACACUGUGAGGACAAAACCAUAAAGACGCGCAUCUUCAAGCAGAAUAGCAACCCUGAGUUCAACACCAAGGCCAUUUUCUACAGGAGACGGCCUGACUCCCACAUCCGCAUUGAGAUAUGGCGCCAAGGACAACUAUGGGAUUGCCUGCUGGGCAGAGUGCGGCUACAAACCAGCGACAACGAGAAGAACCGCAAGCGGGUGAUUGACUUGCAAGGCAACCAAUGGCAGUCUGGUGUCCACGGAUGCAUCUAUGUGGACACGUCUUCCAGCCAAUGCCUGACUGAUCUGUGAUCGGUGGGUCCCAUUAGUGCCCCCUACUGGACAGUGGGUUCCACAUAAAUCAGUGCAUAUGUUAAACAAGGAAAUAUUCAAUAAAAUUAACAAAAAAAUAAAAGAGCAAUCAGGCAACAAGAAGCAGGACAGUAUCCAUGCUUAAAAUGAGAUGAAAGAUUAUUAGUAUAAUUUAAUACCACAGUCUUAAAAAGACCAAUAUCAUAACCAGCUAGUGCAGCAUAUGAAUAAGUAAUUCAUGGUUUAACUUGAAUGCAGCAUAACAUAUUUUAACUGAAUUAUGCCGGUCGGAGAAGGUCGCAACACUGGUGAAGGGACAGUGUCCGGUGUGUCAGGAUACGCUGGCUUUCUGACAGCCGAAACAACAGCAUGCAGGCACGGUACCUAACAGAUGGCCAUUUCAGGAGAUCUACGCCAAGGGUGUGUGUAUGUUUUGUAUAUUUGGCGAAUGUAUGUAUGUUUUUACACCACUCUGCUGGUCAGACAAAGCGAAAAUAUUACAUGUCUUGCAGAUCAAUAUUGAUGAUUAUCGUAUUUAAUUUAGUAUUGACAUUUUUUUUCUGCAGACACAUUGCAUUGGUUGCGCAUUAAUUGUUGUACGACAUUUUUAAAUAAAAUAAAAACAUGCUUUUGAAAACAGGU